GCAUUCUAGGAUUGCUCGCCUCGGCGGAGCGCCUGCUAUGCCUCGGUACUGUGCAGCCACCUGUUGCAGGAACCGAGCGGGACAGAGCGCCCGCGAUCAGCGCAAGCUCAGCUUCUACCCGUGAGUGCCUCGGUCAGGAAGGCCGAAGGGAUGCCCUUGUCCCUCCUCCCAGCCCUCAUAUAAUGUCAGGUUGACUGGGAAAAGGUCCCAUAAAUUGGGGAGGGGGGGAGUUCUCUUUCAGGUGAGCGUGCUUAUUCAGGAGAAGCCCGUAUGGCUUCACAAAGAGCUUCGGGAUGCUCUGCAAACAAAAAAGGACACGCAUGGGAAGUGGAAAGAAGGCCAGGCUACAAGGGCGGAAUAAAGACGGGUAGCACGGAAUUGCAGGGAUGGCUAAAGCUAGGAAUGAACUUAGGCUAGCAAGGGAUGCUAAAUGCACCAGAAGAGCCUUCUGAUAUGUCCAGAGGAAAGAAAUGGGUUCAGCUACUCAGAGUGGAUGGCAAAAUGAUAACACAUUACGAAGAAAAAGAAGUGCUCAGAUUUCCUCUUCAUGAUAAAGAAAGAUUGGAGAAAUGGUUACGAAAUAUGAAAUGUGGCACGUGGACUCCCAGUAAGCAUCAGGUCCUCUGCAGUGACCAUUUUACACCAGAUUCUCUUGAUGUGCGGUGGGGUAUUCGAUAUUUGAAAACAAGUGCAGUGCCAACUAUUUUUUCAUCAUCUGAUAAUCAGGAAAAGGGACUUUCCCAGAAAAAAAUGCAGGAGAGAAGAACAGAAGAUGCUAAAGAAAGGAACAAGAGUGUAGCAACUACAUCUCUUAAAUCUUGUUCACCAAAGAGAAUUAUAAUUGAAGAAAGCCUAUACCGAAAAGCACUUUGUACAACUCCCAGCAAGUCUUCAGGAAAGGAAGAACUACUUCAGAAUAUAGUAAAAGCUGAAAAUAACAUUGCAUAUCCAAAUAACAUAGUUAAGCAAUAUAUGGAGCAAGCAAGAUCUGUGUUAGUAGCAGCUGAUGUGGAAAAUACAGGAACUGCUGAUUUGAACACCCCAGAAAAUAGUUCUACUAACUCUGUAGAGAACCCCUUCCAUAGUACAACCACAAUUUUGCAAACUUCCGUUCAUGAUCUUCAUUUGUGUCUUGAUCAUGUCUCAGAUUCAGAAACUACAGUUUUACAGGCUACUCAUCCUGAACACUUGGAGUCCUCUCUGGAAAUUAACAAUGUCACUGUACCAAUUCCAGAUCUUCCAUCUGAUCGUUCGAACACUCAUAUUGCAGACUGUUCAGUGGAAGUACAACAAACUGAUGAAAAUUCUGUGUUACUCCAAACUGUGUCACAAGCUUUAGAAGAGUUCAGUGGAAAUAAAGAGUCUGUUAUUACCAUUAUAGUUCCUUCUGAGGGUCCUAGAACUCCCUUGUUGUUAGAGGGUUCAUUCCUACCCACAGAACAGGAAUUGAACGUAGAAAUUGAAAACUCUAUGUGUAUCACCAGUGGCAGUGGCAUUGAAGUGCUACAAACUGAACAUUCAUACUGCAGGCAAGACACAGACAAGGAACAACUCUGGCAAAAAAUUGCAAAGCUGCACUCCAAAAUAGCACUUUUAGAAGUACAGGAGAGAAAGACUUUAAGCAGACUCAAAUCCCUAGAAGCACUUAUUGCAAAACUGAAGCAGGAAAAUCUCCUUUCUGAAGAAAAGCUGAAAAUAGUUGAAAACUGUUUCACAACAUUUGAAGUUACAAUGAUACAAUAAAAGCUUUAAAUUGA